AUUUUCACUGGCGUCUGGACCAACUGGUCAUACGGUGCCAUCCGCGGCAGCACCCUGACUUUAUCACGAAGUAAUGGCAACUUCCUUGUCGCGGCCCUAGCUCUUUUCGUCACAACUACCGGAGCCUGCUUCUGGAGAAUUGUUUGCUUUGCCUUACACCACUGGCUUUCAUCAGAAUUUCCGCAAGAUGGUCUGUAUCAUCAACGGCAGGCCAUUUUAAGGACAUCAGGAACCGGAGUCGCUGGUGCUUUGGCUUUGGCUAGGACUGCCUGGGCGUGGCGGAAGAAUGCGACCAACAUUUCUAUGCGGACGGUUCCUAUUGUUGCCUUGGCAAUUACUGUGGCAGCCACUUUUGGAGCAGCAGGUGUCUUUUCGUCUCGCAUCUCCAGCUCUAUGGGCAAAGAGGUGCUCUUAACAGGCAAAGAUUGCGGGUGGAUCGCUUGGGUAAAUGCUUCUCUAUACCAGCAGGGAGCCGAACUUGUCCCAUACGCGUCACAAAUAACGUCAUCCUCCUCUGAUUAUAACCAGAGGUGCUACAGUAAGGGCGCCGGAAGACAAGAUUGUCCUACUUUUGUUCAAAUAAAUCUUCCAACGACCGUUGACGGCAAUUAUUCCUGUCCCUUUGCAGACGCUGUUUGCAAAUCACGAUACGGGAAUAUCCGACUGGACACUGGAUACCUCAAUAGCCACCACCACCUCGGGAUGAACGCUCCUAAGGAUGAAAGAAUCUUAUACCGUCGAGUCACCGAGUGUGCUCCUUUGAACACGGACAACUAUACGCUCCCUUAUCCGGAAGGGAGAAAUAUUACCUCAUACUUUUACGGAACAAACGUGAACGGCGUGGGGACCACUCAGUUGCCGAUAACUGCACAAUUUUCCACCGACAAGCCAUUUAAAAGCACUUCUCAGACAAGUGACUAUAGUGUCAUGUCAAUGGUAGCCUUUGUCGACACUAACAAGGUAGAAUUCGUUCCAAUAAAGGAACUUCAAAGGAAUGAUGCAGAUGUCUCUUUGCACUUCUUCUCCUCGAACAAUGUGUUAUUCGCGGACAAAAGCGACGACGCGAUUUACUCAGCUCACACUCCUUGCGCUGAAAUGCGGAAAGGAAACGACUCGACUGUUAUGUACUGUCGCGAUCAGCCUGUCACAGUUCUCGCAUGUGCACAUCAACACCAGAUUUGCGACGCUACGAAAUCCCCCGACGAGGGAUGUCAGCCAUUGCUCGGUUUCGAUCAAACAGUCGAAUGGCAGGAUACACAUAGUCCUUUUUCUCAGAGCUCUGAAAAAACACAAAAUACACUCACACCCUCCAUGUGGAAGGCACAGGACAGACUCACCUCCUCUAUGUGGUUUGGGUCAUCAAUUGUAGAUGUCCUGAAAGAUAUAGGGAUAUCCGCUUUGACAGCAAGGAAGUCGCUAUCUGGAGGUCACCAAGGGCUUUUGCCAAAUACUCAGUGGCAAAAAGAAGUUGAAAAUUUGCACUUAACGUCUCUUGCUGCCUUACAGAGACAGGUUAUUGAGAGUGCGAAUGGGCCUCCGAGCUUUGAAUCUGUCAUAGCUAGGCCAAAAGACUCUUAUGAGAAGAAAAUUUGUAAAAAUCAGAAAGUAACAAAUUACGAUUAUAGCUCAUUUAGUGUUCUUGGCCUUGUCAUUCUCUUGUCUGUAGGCACUUUGGUCAUUGUAGUCUCGUACUGUAUUGAAUCAAUCGCCGAGACAGUUCAAAAGCGAAAAAACUGGGAUACCUACAGCAGGCUAGAGUGGAUCGCAAACGACACACUUCAGCUUCAACGACUUGCGCACGAAGAGCUAGGAUUAGGGACUUGGUCGGUUACUGAUGGAUCGAAUCCUAUCACGAAGAAGGGAGAGAGGCUUGCUAUACUUGACAUUUCUGAGCGUGGUCAUCCAAAGCUAAAGCCACCA